AUGAAGCAGCGAUUUUCUUCUCUGGACGUGCGAGUCAUCGCCCACGAGCUGUCCAACAGCCUCGUCUCCCUCCGCUUGGCCAAUGUCUACGACUUGUCUUCACGCAUCUUCCUGCUCAAGUUCGCCAAGCCAGAACACCGAGAGCAGCUCAUCGUCGACUCGGGCUUCCGAUGCCACUUGACCAGCUUUGCGAGGGCAACAGCCGCCGCUCCAUCUCCCUUCGUCGCCCGACUACGGAAGUUUCUGCGAACGAGAAGAUGCACAGCAGUCAGGCAGAUUGGCACAGACCGGAUCAUUGAGCUGCACUUCUCAGACGGUGCUUACAGGCUGUUCCUCGAGUUCUAUGCUGGAGGAAACAUUGUCCUGACCGACGCCGAGCUUACCACUCUCGGCUUGUUGAGAAGCGUGAGCGAGGGAGCAGAGCAUGAGCAGUACCGACUGGGCUCAAAGUACGACUUGUCACUUCGGCAGAACUACGAGGGCACUGCGAGCCUGACGAAGGAGAGACUGCGAGAUGGUCUGCAGAAAGCAGUGGAACGACAACAAGCUGAGGCGCACAAGCCAGGCAGGAAGAUCAAGAAGAAGGUGGGGGAUGCUUUGAGGAAGGCUUUGGCAAUCACUACGACAGAGUUUCCGCCUGUUCUGAUAGAUCAUGCGUUGCACGUUACAGCGGUAGACCGCCAGAUCGAGCCAGAGGCAGUCGUGGGUAGUGAUGAGGAUUUGGACAACGUGCUCAAGGCAUUGCAAGAGGCGAACCGCAUAGUACAAGAGAUCACAAGGCUACCAGUGGCCAAGGGUUACAUUCUGGCCAAGCGAAAGGUGCCCAAGGCCGACGAGGCGAACGGCACUGUAGACGACAACCAGAAUGUCAUGUACGAAGACUUCCACCCUUUCAAGCCUGCCCAACUCGAGAUCGAUCCAGCGAAUGUCUUCAUUGAGCACGAAGGCUUUAACAAAGCAGUGGACGAUUUCUUCUCAUCGAUCGAAGGUCAAAAACUCGAAUCGAGGUUACACGAGCGGGAAGAGAACGCGAAGCGAAGAAUCGAGCAGGCUAGGCAAGAGCAAGAGAAACGCAUUACUGGUCUUCAACAAGUACAAGAUCUGAACGUCCGCAAAGCGCAAGCUAUCGAAGCCAACGUGGAGCGUGUCGAAGAGGCUGUGGCUGCGGUCAAUGGCCUGAUCGCUCAAGGCAUGGACUGGGUGGACAUCGGUCGUCUGAUCGAGAACGAGCAGAAGAGACACAACCCAGUGGCUGAACUCAUCAAACUUCCGCUCAAGCUGCACGAGAAUACCGUGACUUUGUUACUGUCUGAGCUUGCAGACGCUGAUGAUGAGCACAUGGACGAGACAGACAGCGAGCCAUCCGACAGUGAGGAUGAAGAUCAUCAGAGCAAGGUGAAACCAGCAUCGAAGCCAGAAGACAAGCGACUGACGAUCGACAUCGAUCUGGCGGCAUCGGGAUGGUCCAAUGCACGCCAGUACUACGAUCAACGACGGACAGCAGCUACAAAGCAGGAGAAGACCGCUCAGGCGUCCCAAAAAGCAUUGAAGUCCACCGAGCAGAAGGUGAUGGCGGAUCUGAAGAAGGGAUUGAAGCAAGAGAAGGAAGUGCUCAGGCCCGUACGGAAGCAGUUCUGGUUCGAGAAGUUCAUCUACUUUAUCAGCUCAGAUGCCUACCUCGUCCUGGCCGGCAAGGAUGCGCAGCAAAACGAAAUGCUGUACCGACGAUACCUGAGAAAAGGUGACGUCUAUGUACAUGCCGACAUGCACGGUGCAGCAAGUGUCAUCAUCAAGAACAACCCUUCAACACCAGAGGCCCCAAUACCGCCCUCAACACUGUCGCAAGCGGGCAAUCUCUCUGUCUGCACAAGCAGUGCAUGGGAUAGCAAGGCGGUCAUGUCGGCAUGGUGGGUCAACGCAGACCAGGUGUCGAAGACUGCUCCCACUGGCGAAUACCUGACUACUGGCGGGUUCAUGGUUCGUGGAAAGAAGAACUUCUUACCUCCGGCGCAGCUACUACUUGGGUUUGCCAUUGUCUUCCAGAUUAGUGAAGAGAGCAAAGCUAGACAUGUCAAACACAGGCUACAGCAGAAGCCAGCGGACUAUCUUGCGACGCCGGAUCUGACUGAUGGUGAGACUAUCGCAGAGUCCUCAGCUGCAGGAGAUGGGGAAGAAAGCGAUGACAGUGAUGAUGAGUUCCCAGAUGCUGGCCCAGCUCCCAGGAUCGAGGAAGACGAUGAUGAUGAAUUCCCUGAUGCGGCGCCUCGUCCUGAUGAGUUCUCUGCCGACGAGUCGCCCGAAUAUCAACGCGAGCGGACUUAUGGCGCCUACGAUGACGAGGUGAAUGAGUAUCGAUCUGGCCAGAGCAACCCACUGCAGGCUGGAGCACUUCAGCCCGCAGCGGAUGAAAAUCAUGACACUGAAGAAGGCGAUGACGAGCACGAUGACGAUGAUGAGGAUGAUGAUGAGGCGGAAAGUCCAAACGGCGAAACUGCGACCAAAGAGAAUGCCGCCACAGAAUCUACUAUGACUGCAGGAGACGAAGAUGGGCAUACCGAGGCAGACGAGAAUGCCGCUUCGGCGGAGGUGCCGCUUACGAACAGGGAACGUAAGAUGAAGAACAGACUUGAUCAAGGCAAGCCCAUACACAACGAGGCAAAGGUCAAGCAGUCGAAGGGUCAGCGGGGCAAGAAAGGCAAGAACAAGAAGAUUGCUCAAAAGUAUGCUGAUCAGGACGAAGAAGAUCGAGAGCUCGCCAUGAAGUUGCUCGGGUCAAAGGCAGGCGAAGAGAAAAGACAAGCUGAGGCCAAGGUGAAGGCAGAGAAGACCGAGACAGAAGAAGAAGAAGCUCGCGCUCGCCGUCGUGCUCAGCAUCAGAAGGCUCAGCGCGAAGGACUCGAGGCAGAAGAGAUCCGCAAGCUGAACCUGGAAGAAGGUGUCGAGAUCCUCGACGAAGAGGAGUCUUCGCAGCUUACGCAACUUGAUGCGCUAGUCGGCACGCCACUACCUGGAGACGAGAUUCUCGAAGCGAUAGCAAUUUGCGCGCCUUGGGGUGCUUUGACUCGAUACAAGUAUAAGGCGAAGAUGCAGCCAGGUCAACAGAAGAAAGGGAAAGCAACGAGGGAGAUUCUGGGAAGGUGGACGAAAGCUGCCAGUGAUCCUCGAGCGAUUGACAAUCAAGCGCAGGAUAAUGAACGGAUCUGGCCUCGCGAAGCUGAGCUGAUCAAGAAUUUCAAAGAGGUGGAGGUGGUGGGUGUCAUACCGGUUAAGCAAGUUCGUGUCAUGAUGAGUGGUGGUGCCGAUGCUGCGAAGGGCAAGGGCGGGCGUGGUGGGUUGGGCGGUCGCGGUGGUAAGGGGAGCAAGAGGAAGUAA